AUGACCAGACGCAAUUCAAACACACUUACGGACUACCCGGAGCAACCCGAAAACACAGACACCUCGCCUUCUGCGAGCAGGAGAAGCACAGACCCCAACCUCCAUGAACGACGCAACUCAAGACUGGGCCAGGUAAUGGACUCGAUUCGACACGCUCUUGCUCAGGAACAAGAAAAACUGUUCGGUGAGAGGAAAGCGGCCCAUCACGAUCACCAAUACAACCCCGCUGCAGGCGAACGUCUGGCGAAGUUGCGCGACCAAGACCAAGCCCAACGCAAACGAGUCGAGGAAGAAAUGCUUUGGGAGUCCGAAGCAAAAGACUCGACAAGCCCCGCGGUCGAAGCCCGUCAGGAGUCUGAGCUCAAUGAGAAUGGCAUGGGCGCUGAAUCACAUCAAGGGAGGAGAGACAGCUGGGGAUGGCCGGGUCUCGGAACUUAUGCCGAGCCCCCGAAAGAUCCGGCCCAAACUCGACGUAAGAGUUCGACCAAAUCCGGCAGUGGAAGAGUCGCUGCAAUGGAACCAAAGAUGGAAGCCGCUGCGUUCGAGGCCAUAGACAAUGCGGCCGAAUCUGAAACAUACGGCUGGCCAGGUCUGGGGGAUCUCCCUGCUCCAAGGAAAUGA